AUGGGCCCCCCGACUUUUAGCCACCGACCGCAACAAGUGCCUGAUGCGCCAGGCAACGCGGCCGGUGGUGGUGUAGGCGAUCAGAGGGUACAGCACCGUCUCGUACAUGCCGGCGAUCACCUGGCCGGCUCUCCCACAGUGGAGCUCCUAGCUGAGGAGAGAUAUCUUCUCUACUGGCGCAUAAAGGAGCUUCGCGAAGAGGGAGAGGGAUUAGCGGCCAGAGACCUGAAGGCCUUGAAGAUCCAGGCCAGAGCCCGGGUCCUGGACAAGUGGUCGGCCGAAUUGGCUGACCCACGAGGAUUUGGGCUCCAGACGGCCGAGGCUGUCCGCUCCUGCCUGCCGAAGAUGGCAGACAGGAGGGGGCGAGGACUCUCCUUCCACCUGGUGCAGGUGCUGACCGGGCAUGGUUGCUUCGGAAAGAACCUGCACCGGAUAGGGAAGGAACCCACCACCGAGUGCCACCACUGCCCGGGGCCUGUGGACUCGGCGCACCAUACGCUGACUGCAUGCGAAGCAUGA